AUGCCAUCAAAUACUCGUUGGACACUUAAUCCAAGAAAAUGGUUUGGUACUAUAUCAUAUACUGGUCAAAAACAUGAAAAAAAUAAUAAUUCAUUACCACCAGUACCAUCAACAGCAACAACAACAACACGAACAAUAACAUUAACAAAUCCACGUCUUUCAACAGGAAAAAAUAAAAUAAAUGUUAUACCAAUAUCAAUUUCAAAUGAUACAAAUAAAACUACAACAACAAUGGUAGCAUCAAUAACACAACUUCAAUUACCAGCAUUUAGUAUUCGACGUGAAAGAAUAUCAUCAUUAUUACCAUCACAAACAUCAUUUAAUCGUCAAAAUACAUUUAUUCAAAAUCAUACAGAACCAUCAAUACGUAAAAAUGGUCGUUUUGAAGAACAAUUAUCUAUUGAUACAAAACGAUAUAAUAAUAAUAAUAAUAAUAUUCAAUCAACAUCAACAACAAAUAAUGAAACAAUAGAACAUAGAAAUAUUCAAGAAAAUUUUCCAAUACAUCAAACUGAAAUAAGUUUAUCAAAUAUGUCACAUCAAUGUUUAAUUGAUUAUCCAAAAUAUUCAGCAAAUAUAAUGAAAGAACUUUCAACACCAACACGUUCAUCAUCAUCAUCAUCAUUAUAUAAUGAAAAUGAUAAUUCAUCAUCAAGUGGAAUCUAUACUGAUGAACGUCAAUGUACUGAAUCAAAAGAUACAUUAUCAAUAUUAGAAGCUCUUUCAAUUGAAUCUAUAGCUGAUUCACAAACAUCAUUAAAUCAUUGUCAUAAUCGUCCAAUGAUACAUCAUUAUCGAAGACCAAUGUCUGAUUUUAAAAAAAAUGAUGAACAACCUCAACAACAACAACAACAACAAAAUUCUGUAAUACAAGCACAUCGUUCACAAAGUGCUGAAGGGAUUCUUAAAGAUAAUGAAAUAAUAUCACCAAUAAAAAGUCGACAAUCAUCAGCAGCUAUUAAUAAAAAAAUUGAUAAACAUAUUUCAAUAAAUCGAUCACCAACAACUAAAUUAGAAAAAGUUGGAUUUAUUCGUAUUGCUAAUGAUACAUAUCGUUUAAAUACAAAUAAAUUUAAUUAUCUAUCUCAAUCUCGUAAAAAUUCUAUUGAUUCAUUUAUACCAUAUUCAAAUUAUGAUGAUCCAUUACGUUCAGCUAAUAAUGAAGAAUGUUAUGCAACAUUACCACGUACAAGUUCAACUGAACAAUUAAAUAAUAAUAAUAAUAUACAUAAUAAUCUUCGAAAUAUUGUCGAUGAAUGUAUUCGUCCAAUGGUAACAUCAAUUGGUAAAAAUCGUUUCACAAAAAAUUAUCAACAACGUUAUAAACGUCCUCAUAUUCAUAAUGAUCAUACACAAUUAAAUAUUGAACAUAUAACUGAUAAAUUAUUAUCUAGUGUUGAUUGUUCAACAUAUGCACGAUAUCAAAGAUCUUAUUAA